ACCUCUCUUCAUUGUCUUUGAUUCCGUUCUGUGCUAGCUAGCUCCGAUGGCUGAAUCAGCCUCCGCCGCCUCCAGAAGAAUGUGGUGCUCCGUCCCGGAGCGCUUCCAGCUGCAUGCCGCUAUGCUGGCCUUGCAGUUUGGUUACGCCGGCUUCCACGUCGUCUCCAGAGCUGCCCUUAACAUGGGCAUUAGCAAGCUUGUUCCCGUCUACCGCAACAUCAUCGCUUUACUCCUCCUCCUCCCCUUCGCUUACUUCAUUGAAAAGAAGGAUAGGCCUGGGCUUACCCUUAACUUUCUCCUACAGUUCUUUCUUUUGGCUCUUGUCGGGAUCACAGCGAACCAAGGGUUCUACUUACUCGGGUUGGACAACACGUCGCCAACCUUCGCAUCGGCUAUACAGAACUCAGUCCCAGCCAUCACUUUUCUGAUGGCAGCCAUACUGAGGAUAGAGCAAGUGAGGCUGAACCGAAAAGAUGGUGUGGCCAAGGUGAUCGGAACCUUAUUCUGUGUUGCCGGUGCCACCGUGAUCACUCUGUACAAGGGUCCUACCAUAUACAGCCCAUCUCCCCCACUACACAGUACCGCCACAUCCACAUUCACACCACUGUUUCCCUCACUUGGAGAUGCAAAGGGCAAAAACUGGACCCUCGGCUGUAUCUUCCUCAUCGGACAUUGCUUGUCCUGGUCUGGCUGGCUAGUCUUGCAGGCACCAGUUCUCAAGAAGUACCCCGCUCGCCUUUCUGUCACGUCUUUCACCUGUUUCUUUGGACUCAUUCAAUUUCUGGUUAUUGCUCUCAUCUUCGAAAGAGACUCACAGGCUUGGGUUUUUCGCUCUGGCGGAGAAGUUUUCACAAUCUUAUAUGCGGGAGUGGUGGCAUCUGGAAUAGCCUUCGCUGUACAGAUAUGGUGCAUCGACAGAGGUGGCCCUGUGUUCGUAGCGGUGUAUCAACCUGUUCAAACUCUCGUUGUCGCUAUUAUGGCUUCCAUCGCUUUAGGCGAAGAGUUCUACUUGGGCGGGAUAAUAGGGGCAAUCAUGAUCGUAGUGGGAUUAUACUUGGUGCUAUGGGGUAAAAGCGAAGAAAAGAAGUUCGCAAAGGAACAGCUUGCGAUUGCGUCCACGGCGGAGCACAGCGGCGGCACCCCCAGGCCGGCAGGCCACGCCAAGACCUCACUUACUCAGCCACUUCUUCCUUCAUCAACGGAAAAUGUCUGAUCUCCGCACUGCCCUGACUUUUAACUAGAGUCUUAAUUUAACUUCUUUGAUAUGGGCCCAAAAGUGAUAGUAGUAUCGCUACUACCCUCGUGUAUCAGGAAGCUAAGCUUGUGCGUGUAUGAAGGGAUUUUCCUCUGCCUAUGAAUAUGUUUGCUUUUAGUUAACGCGGAUGAUUUCUUGCUGAACCUUUAGAUCACAGGAAUAUUGUGAUGUCACUUGAGUGGGGCAUAUAAAUAUGACCUGAUCAAAUCCCCACAAGCUUUAUUGCGUGUUAAUUUGUGGCUUGAUUUACGAAAACUGCUCGGUUAAUUAAUUACGUGAGGUACUGUGUAAUGGCAAUGGUAAUGAUUAAAAAUGUAUAGAAAGCAGGUCAGCGGAGACCCACAGAGCACUUAUGAUAUAUACGUCGUUGGGAAUUUUA